GAAACUGAGGUUGCUUAGCAAGUUUUUCUCAUCCACGGUGCAAAGUUUGCAGACGCGUCGCUCUGCUGCUGUUUGUGUUGUUCACCACAGACCCACGUCGACUUCUACACAACACACACAACUCGUCCCCUCCGCCGAGCUCCAGGUGGACACGACACAGACGGUGCAAGAUGUCCGUCGCAGGAUUUAAGAAGCAGUUCUACAAAGCGAGCCAGUUGAUGAGCGAAAAGGUUGGAGGUGCAGAGGGAACCAAACUGGAUGAAGACUUCAGGGACCUCGAGAGGAGAGCAGAUAUUACCAGCAAAGCAGUGGUGGAAGUCAUCACUAAAACAUCGGAGUAUCUGCAGCCCAACCCAGCAACCAGAGCUAAGCUUUCCAUGCUCACCACAGUGUCCAAAAUGCGCGGACAGCUGAAUAGUCCUGGCUACCCGCAGCCUGAGGGCCUCCUGGGGGAGUGCAUGACAAAGUAUGGACGGGAUAUGGGAGAAGACACCAACUUUGGUGGGGCGCUUGUAGACAUCGGGGAGUCCAUGAAGAGGAUGGCUGAGGUCAAGGACUCUCUGGAUAUCGAUGUGAAGCAGAACUUUCUAGACCCACUGCAGGCGGUUGCUGAGAAGGAUAUCAAAGACAUACAGCACCACCUGAAGAAGCUGGAGGGUCGUCGCCUGGACUACGAUUAUAAAAAGAAACGUCAAGGUAAAAUCCAGGAUGAGGAGAUCAGGCAGUCACUGGAGAAGUUCCAUGAGUCCAAAGAGUUGGCCGAGGGCUCCAUGCAUAACCUGCUGGAAACAGAUGUGGAGCAGGUGAGUCAGCUUUCCUCCUUUGUGGAGUCUCUGCUGCAGUACCACAAACAGGCCGCGCAGGUCCUGGAGGAGCUUUCCGACAAACUGAGAGAAAGGGUGAAUGACGCUCAGAACCGUCCAAGACGUGAAUACGUACCCAAACCCAGACCAGAAUUUGACUAUGGAGACUUGGAGCCAUCCAACGGAGGAUACACACCUGCUGCAAUAAACCCUCCGGCCUACUCUCCAGCCGAGCCAUGCUGUAAAGCCCUGUAUGACUUCGAGCCAGAGAACGAAGGUGAGCUGGGCUUCCGUGAGGGUGACAUCAUCACCUUGGUCAAUCAAAUCGAUGAGAACUGGUUCGAGGGCACCUUGCAUGGAAAGUCAGGAUACUUCCCCAACAACUACGUCGAAGUGGUGGUGCCGAUAACACCCUAAAACACAGCAAGGCAAGAGGGGGACGGCAGAGGAUGGAACGGGGGAAUGAUAAGAGGGUUGUUGACUCUCAUUAACCAAAAAAAAUCCUUUGUCUAUUGUUAUUAAAGGUAAUCAUCUCAAGACAGGGACCUUAUUUUGAAUCCAGGAAUUAUUUGACCAAAGCUUUUUCAUUAUAAUAGGAUUGAAAGGAUUUUUAAAGACGGUAAGACUGGAGGGAUGUUAAACCAGAGAAAUGACCACCUGACGUCUGAGUGCAUAUACCACAUCCUGAAUCUUUAUAUUCCAUCUCUAUGCACCUGUGCACUUUGUACACGACGGCUCCAACUAAAGGACUGAUGAAGAAAGAUCAAGAUCUGUAAUAACCUGUUUGGCAGUAUCCACAAACACUAAGAAGUGCAACUACUUUAUUCGUAUAUUGCUAUUUUAUAUCCACAAUAUGAACUGUUCUGUGUAUUUCUCAUAUUGGUACUUCACACAUGCACGUAUACGCAUGUAUUUUUCUAGGCACUGUUUUCUACACCCCCACUUUUCACCACUGUGCCUCUGCGUUUGUACUGUCGACAUCCUGGACUCAACAUGGAGGACAGGCCGCCUUUUGUUGAUGUCCAAAUCUAUCCUCUGCUGACACCUGCUGGUGCUACAGAUUUCUAGCUGUUAGAGCUGUGUUCGCAUGGCUUAUAAUAUAUAUCUAUGUGUAGACAUAAGGGCUGCAACAAGGUUUAGUUUUUUUAUGGAAAAAAAUUAAAUUCUCUGAUUUCCGUUUUUUAUGUGAAUAUUUUCUGAUUUCUUUGCUGGUUUAAUAGCAGUAAAGUGAAUCUAUUUAGUUAAUGGACAAAAUAAGACACUAGAGGAGGCCAUCUCUGGGUUCAGGAAACUCAUGUGGACAUUUUAUGGACCAAACAUUGCUUAAUCGAGGAAUUAAUCAACAGAUUAAGCAAUGAUGCAUAUAAUCGUGGCCCUAAAAUACAUAUAUAUAUGCUGAGUUUAUUUUAGACCAAAAAGUGGUUUUAGGGUCUAUGUCUGAAGGACUGUAAGGGUCCAUAAAUACACAUCUUUUUAAUUACAUGUAAUUGUUAUUAGUUAGUUUACUUACCUAAACCUCCACCAUUGUUUUUCAGUGCACGCCAACCUCUUAUCUCUUAAUACUAGAGAAAGGCUGCACACACUCCCAAACUAUUCAUGGCUGCUACUUGUCAGCAAAAAUGUAUUUUAUACAGCCUUAAUUAGAAAAUGCCUCAAAGUUAAUCCUUUAACUAUAUGUUAACAUGUCUUUUCCUUUUUAUUUACCUCACAGAAGCAGACAUUUGUGACCAUCACAGUGCAGCUCACUUGAUAACGCAACAUCAUUUUCCCACACCCCGAACUAUUUGCAUUACACUAAAGCCAUAAGCAUCAGCCCCUCUGUUUGUUCAGCCUCUAGUGAUGCUGCUGGCAGUGUCAGUCACAGUGUUUUGUGGGCUUUCACUCCACUGUUUGUCAGUGAAUUUUCGAUCUUGUGAUUUAUUUUCUCCCUCAGCAUUUGGGAUUAAGCUCCUGCUUUGGUGCUCUUAACCUAAAACUCGGAGCAUGUAAAUGAAUUUGAUGUGUUUUGGCUUGUUUUUUGUGGCUGCCUCGCGGUUCAGGCUGAAACUGAGCACUAGACCUGACAGAAAAUGCUCGCUCCCAACUAUUGUGUUCAGAGUUUACUAAUAACGAGUGCGGCCUCUACACAAUGGCUGGUUUGAGUUCCAUUUAAGCCGAUUUACGAGCAUGACUAUGAACUGCGAGGGUUUGUUCUUUUCACCGAAAAAUGCCAACUUUCUCCUCUUGUCCUGAUCGCCUUGUUAGACCGCCCCCCCCACCCCACUCAUCUCUCCCAUCUCUAUUUAAAGUGGGAGCGGAACAGACAGGUCUUUUCAGCAGGGAAGGGCACACAGCAGUGGAUUACUCUCCCUCCCUCCCCCCAACUAGUCGUUAUUCACCACCUGCCCCCCGUACCCCUUCCCCCUUUCCUCAUUAUCUGCUCCCAUCCCUAUCCCAUGGUGCCUCUGGAGUCCGGUCCCCUGGUCCAGCUCUGCAAUAAUCUCCUUGUUAUCAUAGUAUGGGCCUCCUAAUGUUAUGUUUGCAUGUGUCCUAUAUGUUAGUCGUGCUAGCUUUUGGGAUGAAGUGUUUGCCUGUGCUGAAUAAUAACCGUGUGGUUCAGGUGUGGCUUCUCAUGCCUCAUUAUACUAAAUCAAAAGCCGGGAGAGGGGAGCAGAGGGUCAGGGGCUCAGGUGGAGCUAUUAUGUCGCUUGUAUAAUGUUGAUGAUUAAUGUCGUGGAACAAAGGACUAAGAUCAAUUUUUGUGUGCUGUGGCUGUCACAGCUGAAAUAGUUGUCUUGAAUGCUGCGUACUGACAUUUAUUGCAGCCCUGUGAUGGUUUGUUAAGCACCCAUACCCAUAAGUGUCCCAACUCUAUAACACUAUAUAAAUGAAAGAAGUAUUAUUGGCCUUUAAAAGAUACCUUUAUUUUAUUAUGCACAAUCGUUUUGUGUGUUUAAGUGUAACUGCUUUGCAUGCGUCUUCAUUACAGCUGCUGUGUCUGAGGCAAUGCCUUCCUUUUGUAACUGUGACUGUGGGGAGACUAAAAGUGGGAUUAUCCUGGAUUAUCUAUAGGAUAUGUGGUUUACCUCUAUUCUUAAUGUAAUCGUAUGUGUGUAUUGUGUAUUUUCCUUAUUGUGUAAAGGGAAAUGGAUGCUGUUCAUUUGCUUCUUCAAUAAAUGUUAAAUAAUUUGG